AUGCCAUGAUGCUUUAGAGCUCAUCUUUUUUUUUUUUUUAAAUGCACAACAACCGGCUGGUUUUCCCAGUGUUAAUUAAUUACAACAUUGAAUAAAUAAAAUAACUAUAAUAAUAAAUAAAUACAUGUAAAAUCUAUAAUUCUAUUUACAGUUGCCGAAUGUACCAAAACAACACCCUGUGUUUGAUUGACUCCCAAAAUGGAAGACGUCGCGUGCGUCACUAGUGUUCUGGACCCGGAACUGUUUAGUAAGCUGUACGUCGUCGCGGCGGACCCUUUUAAGCGAUGGACACUUGAAUAUUUUCACGUGUUUUCUGCAUGAAGGAUGUUUAUCUAUAAUUUAGUCACGUUUAAGACAACAUUUAUGAAAUCCAAUUAACAGGAACUGCUUGUUGAUAUCCAAACCUGUGAGCAGAAUGGGAAAACUGAGGAAGAAACAUAACUGGAAAGGAAGACAGCAGAGUGAUCCUGAAAAAGUAAAAGAUGAGAAAACAAAGAUUACAGUAGAAUUCGAAGAUGGAGGCAGACUGAAAGGUGUAGAUGAAAGCAAUGCUUUAGUCCUUCCAGCCAGUAAAGCUAAGAAAAAUAAGAACUCCUCACAGAAUGUUGUUACCAGCAAAAAGCCUUUAACUAAGAAGCAGAAGAAAGAGCUGCAGAAGGUGUUGGAGCGAAAGGAGAAGAAAGCUCAGAGGGCAGACAUCCUGAGCAAACUGGCUGAGGUGCAGCUUCCAGAGUCUGAGCUGAAGCUGCUGUACACAACGUCCAAACUGGGAACAGGAGACAAGCUCUACCAGAGUAAACUGUCAUCGGAUGAGCUGAAAGACGGAGAAGGGACUCCAAAGGUCAGCAGCAUCAGUGGUGCCAACAGGAAGAGAAAAUGGAAAGAUGAGGAGGAAGAGGAGGAUGAACAGGAAAAAGCUGAAGAAAGUAGUGAUUUGGACACUUCGUCUGAGGAGGAGGACGAAGAUGAAGUGAAGGACACCACAGAGACAAGUGAACCUAAGGAAACCAACCCUCCUUGUCAGGAGACGAAGCCCACACAGGAAGUGACGGCAGAGAAGAAGAUUCCUGAAGACAAAAAGCUGUCGGAGCCGGCUGUUUUUGUUCCGGUUGACAGAUCGCCAGAAGUCCAGGAGGCUCGUCUCAAGCUGCCCAUACUGGCAGAAGAGCAGGUGAUCAUGGAGGCCGUGAAGGAAAACCCCUGCACGGUGAUCUGUGGAGAGACGGGGAGUGGAAAGACCACACAAGUCCCUCAGUUCCUCUAUGAAGCCGGCUAUGCCAGCAGCAGUGGGAUGAUCGGCAUCACCGAGCCGAGGAGAGUCGCCGCCGUCAGCAUGUCUCACAGAGUGGCCAAAGAGAUGAACCUGCCCACACGGGUGGUAUCGUAUCAGAUCCGAUAUGAAGGGAACGUGACAAGUGACACAAAGAUCAAGUUCAUGACUGACGGCGUCCUGCUGAAGGAGAUCCAGAAGGACUUCCUGCUUCAGAAGUACAGCGUGAUCAUCAUCGACGAGGCGCACGAAAGGAGCGUCUACACAGACAUCCUCAUUGGAUUACUGUCGCGUAUCGUGCCGCUGAGAAACAAGAAAGGGAUGCCCAUGAAGCUGAUGGUCAUGUCCGCCACUCUGCGAGUUGAGGACUUCACAGAAAACCAGAAGCUGUUUCGCAAUCCCCCGCCUGUGGUCAAGGUGGACGCUCGUCAGUUCCCGGUCACCGUCCAUUUCAACAAACGCACGCCACUGGAGGAUUACACCGGAGAGGCCUUCCACAAGACCUGCAAAAUCCACCGCAUGCUGCCUCCAGGAGGUAUCCUGGUGUUUCUGACGGGUCAGGCUGAGGUCCACGGUCUCUGCAGGAGACUCCGAAAAGCUUUUCCCUUCAGGAGGGCGAACACAGCUGAAUGUGAGGAUGGAGACACAGCUGAGGACAUGCAGAAGUUCAAGAAAACCAAACACAAGAAGAUGGUGUCUCUUCCCCGAAUCGACUUGGAUAACUACUCGGCUCUGCCUCUGGAUGAGGGAGACGAGGACAGGGAGGCGGACAUUGAGGACGGCGACUCGGACCUCGACCUCGGAGAUGAUCCCGCCGGUACAGAAGAUAAAAGUGACCCCUCCAUCCCUCUGUAUGUCCUCCCGCUCUACUCCCUGUUGGCCCCGAAUCAGCAGGCGAAGGUGUUCAGGCCUCCUCCACCUGGUACUCGUCUUUGUGUGGUCGCCACCAACGUAGCAGAAACAUCUCUGACCAUUCCAGGCAUCAAAUACGUGGUUGACUGUGGUCGAGUUAAGAAGCGGUUCUACGACCGAGUCACGGGAGUGUCGUCCUUCAAAGUGAUGUGGACGUCGCAGGCUUCGGCCAAUCAGAGAGCGGGGAGAGCGGGGAGAACGGAGCCGGGACAUUGCUACAGGUUGUAUUCCUCUGCUGUGUUUGGAGACUUCAGUCUGUUCUCAGAGGCGGAGAUCACUCGCAGGCCUGUUGAAGACCUGGUUCUUCAAAUGAAAGACCUCAACAUAGACAAGGUGAUCAACUUUCCUUUCCCGACGCCUCCUUCCUUUGAGGCUCUUGUUGCAGCAGAGGAGCUACUGAUCUCUUUAGGAGCGCUGGAGGAGCCGCCGCGCUCAGGAAGAGUGAAGGAGAUGCAGCGAGCGAGGCUGAGCUGUCCCAUCACGCCGCUGGGUCGGGCCAUGGCUUCCUUCCCCGUCUCGCCUCGUUACGCAAAGAUGUUGUCCCUCGGGAAGCAGCAGGACUGCCUGCCGUACGUCAUCGCUGUGGUGGCAGCCAUGACAGUUCGGGAGCUUUUCGAAGAGCUUGACAGACCUGCAGGAAGUGAAGAUGAAAGCUCCAAACUGGUCCAGCGGCGAGCUCGACUCACCCAGAUGAGGAGGUUGUGGGCGGGACAAGGAGCCUCGCUUCUUCUGGGGGACCUCAUGGUUAUGUUGGGUGCUGUAGGUGCUUGUGAAUUUGCUGGCUGCUCUCCUAAGUUUUGUGAAGACAAUGGACUGAGAUACAAAGCCAUGGUGGAGAUCAGAAGACUUCGAGGUCAACUCACCAACGCAGUUAACGCCGUAUGUCCGGAGGUGGGCGUGUUUGUGGACCCUAAGAUGACUCCUCCCACAGAACAUCAGGUGGUUUGCUUGAGGCAGAUUGUCCUGGCAGGACUUGGUGAUCAUCUUGCAAGGCGAAUCCGUGAAGAAGAACUGCUGGACCCUAAAUGGAGGAACGGAUACAAAACUCCUCUGCUAGACGAUCCAGUGUUUAUUCAUCCCAGUUCUGCCCUGUUCAAGAAAGUGCCAGAGUUUGUGGUCUACCAGGAGAUUACAGAGACGUCUAAAAUGUACAUGAGAGGUGUUUCAGCUGUUGAAGCAGAGUGGGUUCCACAGCUUCUGCCUCAGUACUGCCACUUUGGGGCUCCUUUAGAGUCGCCUCUGCCCUGGUUCUGCUCCUCCUCUGGCACCGUCCGGUGUCACUGCUCGAGCACAUUUUUCCGUGUGGGUUGGCAGCUGCCUGCCAUAGAGAUGGAGCAUCCAGAGGGGCUGGAGCGCUUCAAGCUGUUUGCAAGGUUCUUUCUUGAUGGAGAGGUGUGUCCCAAACUGAAGAAACACUGUGAUUAUCUUCUCUCCAACCCCUCCAUCAUGCUGAAAACAUGGGCAAAACUGCAGCCCAGAACAGAAGCGUUACUGGUUCCUCUAGUGUCAAAGAAGGUCGACUGCAGGGAUGCCCUUCUUUCCACCUGGAAGACUGAUGAUAAAUUUCUGUUGUCUGCCUACUGUCAGUGGUUACCUGAAUCCGUUCACCAGGAAGUUGCAAAGACUUGGCCUCCUUUAUAAACUUCAGAAAAGAACAAAAUGUUAACUUCGACAUCUAGAAGAUCUAAUUACUUCAAAUUUUGCAGUUUUUCAAAAAAAACUUCACUAAAACUGCAACUUUGGUCAUUUUUGGAUGUAAUUUUUGUACUAUAUUUGACUUUUACUGCCAUUCAGCCAAAAAUAAUUUUUAUCUUGUUCUCUGUUGUAACUGUUUUUAACUUUGUGCUGCUAACAUUUAGCUGUGUCAAAAACAGAUUUGGAAAAAAAUGUAAGAUUCUGUCAAAAGCAGUUGUAGGAGUUAUUCACUUUCAGAAAAAAUGUAAUUUUGAAGCAUUUGAAUGUGAAUAAAACUAUUGUACUUUUAAAAAUUUGUCAACCUUAAAUAAUUGAUGCAUUUGUUUGGCUGCAAAGUUGCAUAAACACUGACACUUUUUUUGUUUUGUUUAAAAGCAUUUUUAUUUUUUUGAGAAUGUUAAUGUCUCUGAUAUAGUAAACAUUUAAAGAUCUUUACAAACCAAA